AUGCCGUGGAACCUCCCUGCCGACAAUACGGCCUCGGAGGCCUCUCCCAAUCGCCCCCCAUUGACCUCCCAGCAGUCGAAUUCUUUGCCCUCCACCCCCUACCAGCAUGCGCGGAACCUCUCCUUUCACUCUCGCUCGCCCUCCCCGCCCCACGGCAGCACCUCGCCGCGUUCCACCCACUCCGAGUCCGCCCACCUUCCCCCCUCCCGAAAACCCUUCGCCGGCUGCAAAUAUGAGACCGCCAUGGCCUUCUUCCGCCGCCGCAUACCCUACACCAUCGGCGCCGAUCUGCUCCCGGAGGAGAAGGACGGCCUGAAGGAGCGCCUGACCCCGGAGGAAGACGAACGGUUGACCGCCGACAUGCUCGAGGUCUACGAUCGCUUACUCCCCUCCGCUGAGAGUGACGAUCGCCGGCGUCAGCUGGUCCACAAGCUGGAAAAAUUGUUCAACGACCAAUGGCCGGGGAAUAACAUCAAGGUGAACGUGUUUGGCUCGUCGGGGAACAAACUCUGUUCCAGUGAUUCGGAUGUGGACAUCUGCAUCACAACCACCUUGAAGGACCUCGAACAUGUGUGCGUGCUGGCGGAUGUUCUCGCCAAACAUGGCAUGGAACGGGUCGUCUGUGUCUCCCAUGCCAAGGUCCCCAUCGUGAAAAUUUGGGAUCCCGAAUUGCGCCUGGCGUGCGAUAUGAACGUGAACAACACGAUGGCCUUGGAGAACACGCGCAUGGUCCGAACGUACGUCGAGACGGACGAGCGCGUGCGGCCGCUGGCCAUGAUCAUCAAGCACUGGACGAAACGGAGGAUCCUCAACGAUGCCGGUCUCGGCGGUACCCUUAGUUCCUACACCUGGAUUUGCAUGAUCAUCAAUUUCCUGCAGACGCGCGAUCCCCCCGUUCUACCGAGUCUGCAAGCCCGCCCCCACCAGAAACGGGUCUCGGCCGACGGGCUCGUGUGCUCGUUCGACGACAACCUCGAGGGCUUGGCGGGGUAUGGGCGACGGAAUAAGCAGUCCUUGGGCGAAUUACUCUUCCAAUUCUUCCGAUACUACGGCCACGAACUCGACUACGAGAAGUACGUGAUCUCGGUCCGCGAAGCCAAACUUAUUCCCAAGGUGCAGAAGGGCUGGCAUCUGUUGCAGAACAACCGUCUCUGCGUCGAGGAGCCCUUCAACACCUCCCGCAACCUGGGCAAUACGGCCGAUGACACCUCCUUCCGCGGCGUCCACAUGGAGAUGCGUCGGGCCUUCAAGGCCGUCGCCGAGGCGGACCUGGACCGCUGCUGUGAGCAGUACGAAUACCCGGUGGAGGAGGAACGGUUGUGGGAGCGCCCUCCACCCCAGCCCCGGCCCGUCAUCACCGCCGCCCCGCCCCCGUCGCGCGGGGGCCGAGGGGGUGGACGCGGCGGGCGGCACGCCAACCCUUCGCGCGGAGGGCCACAUCUCGGGGGGCGACGGGCCUCGAACACCCCGAACAAGUCGAACAACUUCCGACAACCGAAUCCGGGCGUGAGCGCCUCCGAGCUCUCGCUGCACGCGCAGCAGGCCCAAUAUCUCCUCCACGACCAUCUGUACCAGCAGAUCCAGAUCCUCCAGGCGCAGGAGCAGGAACUGCGGUUACAGCUGCAGAAUCAAGCCUUGUUGACCGGCCGGCCCCCGCCGGUCCUCAUCCGUCAGCCGUUUAUACAAUUUCCGGUGCCCCAGCAGCAGCAGUCGCAGCAGCAACAGUCGCAACCGGAUUCGUCGGGGGAUGACGCCGCUCGGAGUCGGUCCGGCACCCAUCCGCCCCUCCGUCACCCCGUCUACUACCCCGCCCAAUAUCUGCCCGUCGGGGUGGCGGGGGUGCCGGGCACCAACACCAACCCGCCGUCCCCGUCGACCGCGACGGCGCUGCCCGACUUCCGACGCAGCCCCCGUCGCUCGUCCGUCGCCAACGGGUCCCCCGCGGGGUCGCUGAGGGCCCAAUCGCAACCCGCCCGCACGGUCAACUCGCUCCCGAACUACGCCCCGAUCUACUCCGCGGCGCAGCCGUUGGACGGCUCCCCGCGCUCCAAGCAGCGGAAGAUCCCCGGAUCGCCGGACAGCACCGCCAACGACGACGAUGCCACCUUCACGCCGAGCAGCGUGCCCACGGGAUCCCGCUCCAGCUACCUGGAUGAGCUGCGGCCGGAGUACAUGGGCGGGUACUACCUGGCCACUUCACCGCAACUGCAAGCCUACCACCAGAACGCCAUGCUGUCACCCAUGUCGACGCCGGUCGGUCUCGCGCUGCAGAACGGUGGGAUCGUUCCGUUUGUCACGAACGCGCAGGAUUAUCUGUCCACCGUCUCGGGCGACCCGGGAUUCUCCUCCGACCAGAGCUCGUCGCAGCCUCCCAAGGCGGGGCUCCCGCAACCGCGCCCGGCCGCCGCCCGACCGACGGCGGCGAGUAUUGAUCGCGGGGGGCCGUUGAUCAUCGACGGGUCCGUCCCGCCCAGUGAACCCCGGCCGGUCUUUGCCGCCGACGCGUACGAUCCGUAUGCGACGAGCCACUACACGUCCAAUUCGGAUGACCCCAACACGGACACGCCCAUCAGCGUCUCGGACUCCUUCUCCCAGGAUCUGCAGGAUACCAGUUCCGUGGAGAUUGAUGCGCCGCCGUACUUUGGCCGACAGGGGAUCGAGACGUCGAAGUCGGUCGACGUCGCGGCCAACGGACCCCCGAAGCCGGGUCUGCUGUCUACCCGCCUGCAGAACCUGCACCUCGCCAACGGGGACAAGACGCCGGAGCCUGUGGCCAAGACGGAGACGUCCCGCGCCGCCGCAUCGCACCACGACCCGUCGGAGAAAGACAUGCCUCGGUCGAAGCCGUUCUCCGCCAAGGACAGAGGGACCUCCGGCCAAGCCACGGAGUCGCACCCCCCAUCCACCGGCAAACGCCGCCCCAACGGCACUGACGCCGCCGAGAAGACCAACGGAGCCCCCCACCACCGGUCGCGGUUCCGGAACCACCGCCCGGAUGCGUCGCAUCAUCCAUCCAGCGGACAAGGCGACCCCAAGGAUCGGAACACUCACUCGGCGCGGAAGCCCAACGGGGUCAACACCGCGACAUCGGACUCGCACGGCUCUCACACCAGCGGUGGCUGGCAAACCACCAAGAAGAAGCAGAAGAAGAACGUCCGGUCGACGACGGAGCACCGACACGGUCAUCAAAGCGGAGCGGAGCCGCUCCCCUUAGAUGAGUCGAUGCGAAAGGGUGGAUGA